UGUAGCGGCAUUACAGGGGGAGGGGGGCUACACCCGAGCGCUGCCCUAUUUCCUUGGCUUCUCCCGGCUGUCGGAGCUCAGAUUAUCUCCGGCCGUGACGGAGCCGCUUCACCCCUGAUACCGGCUACCCUCAUCCCUACCCCGGGCUCCUCGCUCUCGCUAACACCGGUACCUCUUGGUCGCCCCUGUCAGUGUCCCCCCCCCACUGAAGAUGUCCGGCUGGCAGGAUUACGUGGAUAUGUUGAUGGCCGAUGGCAGCUGCCAGGAGGCCGCCAUUGUCGGGUACGUGGACGCCAAAUACGUCUGGGCAACAACCUCCGGAGGCUUCUUCCAGACACUAACGCCUGCAGAAAUAGAUGUCCUGAUAGGAAAGGACAGAGAAGGAUUCUUCACUAAUGGCCUAACUGUUGGAGGAAAGAAAUGCUCGGUGAUCAGAGACAGCCUGUAUAUUGAAAAUGAUUACACAAUGGACAUCAGGACAAAAAGUCAAGGUGGAGAACCAACAUACAACAUUGCUGUAGGAAGAGCUGUCAGAGUCUUGGUAUUCGCAAUGGGGAAGGAAGGAGUCCAUGGAGGCGGCUUGAAUAAAAAGGCGUUUGCAAUGGCAAAAUACUUGAGAGAUAUGGGAUUCUAACUGCUAGGCCAACUUAUAUUCUAGGGGGAUAAUAAAUAAAAAAAUUGCUACUAAACUUUCCUGUCUGAACAAAGCAUCUGGAAAUUUUAUUAGCAAUAAAUGGGGUGAUGGGGGAUGAACCUGUGUCUCCUUUUUAAGUGGGGAAAGUUCUUUUUUUUUUUUUCUCUUUUUUUUUUUCUUUUCAAGCAAUUAUAGUUUCAUGGCAAAUUUAUGUCCUGAAUGGGACAACCCAACCGGAUGCUCCGUUAACUGCUUUCACCCUUCCUCAAAGGCUUUACCACUGAGCAGCAUCUCCUGCCAGCAAUCGCUGCGUCUCCCCAUCAUUCAGGCUGUGUGUGAUGGUGACCCAUUCGUCUUACGUUUUGCCCAUUGUCCUUUCGUCCAUGUCGACAGUACUCAUGACCCCCCCCACCCAUGAUUGAAUUGUAGUCCCAAAAUGUGAACUAUGUGGCUUUAAGUGUGUUUACGGACUAGUCACCCAUAGUGUCUGAUACAUUGUAUUUGAGAUUUGUGUAGUCAACUGUGGCUACAAGUCCCAGUUCAAGAAACUUGAGUACCGAAUGUAAACUUUGCCACAAAUUGUACCUCAGCUAAGCAAGUUUCAGUCCUUUCUCCUAUAAAACACGAAGUACUUGACCAAGGUGGUUGGCAUUGUAUACAAAACUCAGUUUUGCCAGGAGAUUUUUUUUACCAUUUUGUGCUGCUCUGCUAGAAGCAUGAUGUAUUAAGCACAUGCAUGUGUUGUCUUGCAAGAAGUCUAGGCUUAGUAUAAGUAGAGGCCUAGCGUCUUAAGUCUGCAGGACCGCAACAAGGCGUGGGCCAUGAGCAUAAUGUAUACUGGGGUGAAUGGUGGCACACAGAAAAACACUAGAAAAGGAAAUAUGUCUAUAAAACCACUGGAUUGGUUGCCUUUUGAGUGGUUUGAGCAUAUACACAGCUCAGCUUAGUCUUCCUUUGCUCAAACACGGGUAGAAAUAUCUACACGGAACACUAAAUUCUGGGUCCACGUUCUCACUACUAUUUUAUGGUGUAUUUCUGAUUGAUCCCUAUUAAGAGUCCAGAUCAUGGUGCCGCUGUCUGGCAGUGAUCUUUCUGCCCGGAGGGAUGUGUUUUUGGUGCAAUAACUUAAUUACACCUUUUUAUUUCAUACUACUAUAUGCCAAAUCAUUUAUUUUUUAUUUUUAAAGAAAUGUUUUAAAGCCAUUAUCCUGGUUGAGAUGGGGGGGGGGGGUGUCCUUUAACCUUCAGAUUCCUCUUUACAAUCUUACACCCGGCACUGCAGCACAGCAAAUGGACAUGGGAGGAGCAUGAGAAUUGCUACAGAAGCGCCAGUGUAGGAGGGUCUUGCAUAUAGUCCCGUAAACUUACACUUAUACAUUUUUCUCUUUUGUGGAUCUGUAUCGUCAGCCUUUAGCAUGGUGAGCAAUUGCCCAUAUCGCAAUGUUAAAGGGAAUAGCUUAAAAUAAAAAAAAUUCUUGAUGCCACAUGGGUACCCUGUCACUUUCUACUUCCUGGUAAUGGGACUGGUCACUGUUGUAUGGGAGCAGUGGGACAUUGUGAGAUUUUACUUUUUAAGCCAUGUUGCCCUAUUUUAUAUUUUUUAUAUUUAUUUAUUUUUGUCCUGGCCAAGGCAACCCCUUGAACUAAUCUGGUCUUGCCCUCCUACAAAUAUCCAUCCUCUUGUUUAGUUGUGACGUUGGCUCUGACAGUGUUGGCUGGUCAAAGAUCCUGCUGUCGACUCUAGGCUCUACAAGAACGUCUUACACUCUUGAAAUAAAAUAGGUCAAACAGGUUUCUCGGUCUUAACACUACAAAUAGGAAAUCCUUCCUUUUUGAAGGUGCCCGUUGACACUGGCUCUUGCCCAGCUAGCUGAUUUUUUAUUUUUUUUUGGUAGGGAGUAUUGUGAUUGAAGCCCUUACAAUAACGUGGUAAGGUUUUUUUCUGGUAGGGAAUAUUGUGAUUAUACCCCUUCUAAUGUAUAAUGUUGUGGUAUAUUUUUGUUCAUAGGACCAAUUGCAGCUACAUAAUUCCCAGGCACUUAAAGGCAUGAUGUAUCUUUAAAGCAAACCAGUCCCAAAUUAUAAGGCCCUGCAUUGUGGUCUGAAUCAGUAUUCUAGUUGACAAGGGAAUGGUUAUCUUCAGGUUUGAGGCUUGCAUUACCAAGCGCCUCAAUGAUGCAGUGAUUUCGGACUGAACUCGCUCAGAACACUGGUCCAGGCCACCUUAUGGCAGCCCGAUCUGCCAGCUGCAGUGACGUCCUCCAGCUUAUUGUCUUUGGCUCCCCUAAGAACAAUGACCUUGCUGCUCGAUUCUCUCCAUAGGUUUUAAGGGGUUGGUAGUUUGCAAUAGCGCUGCUGAUUAAACCGUAACAGCGAAUUAACAAUUGGGGAAAGUUUGCUGCAGAAUCAGUUCAGCACAUUUUCCUUGUAUUAUUUGAUGUGUAUAACCUGGUUGUCAGUUAAAUUCACUGCUCAGCGUCUUAUUUUAAUAUAAAUGACAAAUAAGAAUUCUUUGUACUAAAGAAUAGUAGAUGGCAUUCUUUAGAAUGAACCUGGCUGUAUUUGUGAUAGCUUCAUAUGUAUUCUGUGCCAUAUGACAAAACAAAGCCGCGAGAUGGGUUUUAACUGACACAAGGUCCUCCUUCCUCUGGAAUGGCACUUCUGUAAAGACAUUUUAGUAUUUUGCUUCCGUUUGUCUUGUGUAUCAUGUAAAAGGAAAAGAAAAAAAAAACCUGUAUACAUUCUUGUUAAUUUGUCCAUAUCUUUCCCUGCACUUUUGUUACAUCUGGGAUACAGUCUAACUCAUCUGAUUUAAUAUGCAUUUAAGGAAAUGCCAUAAACUAUUAAAACACCUUGUUUACAGACAGAUGAAAUUAAAUUUAUUCCAACCAAAAUA